UUCUUUCUAUUUAUGGCAGCUGUAGAACAACUUUUGUCUUCUAAAAUAGCAUUCUUGGAAUGAGGUGAUUCUAUCUAACAGAUAAAUCUCUGCAGUCGGUAUGUACCUUGUGUCACAUCUGGUUUCACCCCCUGUAAAAGACAUCUGUUUGUCUAAUUUAACACUACAUCAGGUUUUUUCCCAUAAUUAAGUGUUGUUUUGUAUGUCUGAACUUUGGUUCACUCCACUAACUGACCAUGUGGUCAUUUGGAUUAUGGAAAGUGAUAGUCAUGAUCAAUGUCAGUCUUAGUUACAGUGCAUCAAAAUAUAAACAACUAGUGAUGUUUCUGCAUGCAAAUGGUUUAUUAUAACACAACCUGAAAAUGAGGCGUAUGUAAUCUUGGAUGGAAUCUAGUCAGACAGGUUUGAACUUACUGCAUCUGGAAGAGAGAAAGAGAGGGAAAAAAGUGAAUAAGAUAGUUCAGGAGGGAGGAGUAGAACAUGCAUCAAAAGCAAGCCACAUGUUGUUUCUAUCACACCUGUACAACUGAAUCGCCUGGAUAUAGCACAAGGAGUAAGAGAAGAGAGGACCAAAGGAAGAAUCUUAAAGAGGAUUACAGGAUUUACGGUGUAGAGUCGUCAUGACAAAUAAGUUGUCAAACUGGAUAGAACUUUACACAGAAAACUCUCUUCUAGCCUUCUGCACAGCCAUGCCAUUCUCACGCAGCUUCCUGUCCGAAGAGCAAUUGCUGUGCUCCAUCUGCUUAGAUGUGUUUGACAAUCCUGUAUCCACACCCUGUGGCCACAGCUUCUGCAUGGUCUGCAUUGGCCACUACUGGGACUCAGCCAAGAACUGCCAGUGCCCCCUCUGCAAGCAGACCUUCAAGAGGAAGCCUGAUCUCCACAUUAAUCGCACUCUUCGUGAGAUCACCGAACAGUUCAAGCAGAUGACGGUUAAAACAGGGGCCUGCGGGGGGGUUGGAGUAGGUACAGAGGUUAAGGAUGGGGGAAGAAUUCGAGGGUCAGUGCAUGGGACACUAAAGCCAGGUCAUCUACCAGGUGGUCUCUUGGAUGAAAUUAAGCAGAAAUUCACCAAGCCUUCUCCAAAUGGAAAUUCAUGUCAGGAUAAAACAGAACUGAACCAAACCGUCACACCAAACAACGAUAUCACUGAUAGCACCCUGCCACCCUUUUUAACCAGACAGAUGUCUCUUCGAAGGUUUACCCUGAGUGGGGCAGCAGACGCUAUUAAAGUGCCCCUAUGUCCAAAACACCACCGCAGCCUGGAGCUGUUCUGUCGAUCCGAUUUGGAAUGUAUUUGUGUAGAGUGUGGACAAACAGAACACCGUUCACACGACUUCAUAUGUGCAGAGAAAGAGUGGCAUUGUAAUAAGAUGAAGAUCGGUAUCGCAAAGACAGAGAUACAGGAGAUGACCAAGGAGAGGAUGCAGAAAGUGGAGGAGAUCAAAUGUUCACUGGUUGACAUUAAAAUGCUGGGCGAUCGUGAGGCACAACGCAACAUGCAGGUGUUUGGAGCAUUGGUGAGUUCCAUCGAGCGCAGCCUAGCAGAACUAUUGGAGGUGAUGGAGAUAAAUCGUCACUCAGCGGAGCACAAGGCUGAGGUGAUGAUUGGGGAGUUGGAGCAGGAGAUCGCAGAGCUGAAGAGGAGGGGCUCUGCGCUGAGUAAACUGGCCCAAAAUGAAGACUACAUCACUGGACUGAAGGGCUUCUCUUAUCUCAGCACCCCCUUGUCAAUCAAAGACUGGACAGGAGUCUCACUGACCUGUGAACUUGAAACAAAAGCUAUUUACGCCUCUACCUGUCAAAUGCUGGAACAGUUUAAGGAGGAGCUUCAGAAACAACCUGCCGUUUGCUUCUCGGUGUCCGCUGACAAAUCACCAAUGAGAUCACACCCAAAGGUGAAGAGAAUACAAGAAUAUGCAGUGGACGUGACCCUGGACACCAACACUGCCCAUCCUCGCCUGGUGUUAUCAGAAGACAGGAAGAAGGUGUGGUGCUGUAACUGGCACCAAUCAGUUCACAACAACCGUGAGCGCUUCGACCGUGUGGUUUGUGUACUGGGCCGCGAGGGCUUCACCAGUGGCCGACACUACUGGGAGGUCGAGGUGGGUGACAAGACAGACUGGGAUCUGGGGGUGGCUAGUCAUUCCUGCAACAGGAAGGGUAAGAUCACAAUCAGUCCAAGCAACGGCUACUGGUUCCUAAGCUUGCGGGACAAAAACAGUUAUGCCUUCAGGACAGAGCCUUCUACUGCCAUACCCCUCAGCUUGAAACCUCAGAAGAUAGGACUGUUUGUGGACUAUGAAAAAGGCCAAGUGUCCUUCUAUAAUGUGGAUGCAAAGAUGCAUAUCUACACUUUCAUGGAUAACUUCUCUGAGACCAUUUAUCCAUUCUUCAGUCCCUGUACCAACAAAGCAGGCAAAAAUGAAGCUCCGCUGGUGAUCACGCCUGUCCUUCUCAACUGAACAGUGAGGAAAGUGGUUUUAUGGCCAAAUAAUGACGGAUUUGUGAUGAACAUUGGCACAUCAUGUCUGUGUCAGCGAUAACACUGAGAACACUUUCACUUCUAAAAUCCUUUAAUACCAACAAUUCUGCUCUAGAAUCCAUCAUUCUGAUAACAUUACAAAAUCAACAGCUGUCUUGGAAUCAGUCUUACAUAAGAUUAAAGUAUUUUUUUUAAUAUUUAUGUUUCUUGUAAAUUACAAUAAAAUCCGCAAUGAAUAAUGAUCUAUAAUCAUCAAUGUCAACAUUGUCCCAGUACCCUGAUUGCGCACAUACAUCACCCAGACGUCAAUUUGAUUUGGGUGUUUAUAUCUGGAAGAUGUAUUUUUUUUACAUUGUUUGCUCAUCUGCAAUACGUCUAAAUGUCGUUUCCCCUCAGAUGUCAAUAAGACAUUCAGCAGAUGUUUUUGAGAUGUUUAUGAUUUGGAACGUUUGUAAAAUCUGAUCUUUUUAAGAUGUUUAUCAGAUGUUAAUAAGAUUGUGAUGCUUUUCAGAUGAAAAGAUCUAAAACAGACAUCUUGGAGAUGUACGUGUGCUAUCUGGGUCAAUCACAUCUCUGAUAGCGCAUGUACAUCAUCCAGACGUGCACUGAAUGAGUGUUUACCAAUGAAAGAUGUAUUUGUAAAUCUGAUCUUUUUAAGAUGUUUAGCAGAUGUUAAUUAGAUUGUAAUGCUUUCCAGAUGAAAAGAUCUCGAAGAUAUACAUGUGCUAUCUGGGUAUCCUCUACUUGUCAAGUACUGAACAGGAAAACAAUAAUAAAUAAAUACUUUUUCAAA